CUUUUAGGAAAUCAACGGGAUCUCCUCCUUCGUGCUCACUGUGUUCUUCGCAAGGACAGGGGGUGCAGGGCUGGUGAUGAGGUGUCCACAGAGCACCCCCAAAUCUCUCCCCAGCUCAGCCUGUGGGGUCACCACUGUGACCUUUGAACUGCCAGAGGGACCCCUAGGGGAGGUCACAAUCACAGACCGGUCUGGUUUGGAGAUGCUGAUCAAAGACGCCCCAGAUGACUGUGCUUUCUACCUGAUGAAGGGAGAUGGGAUGAAUGUGCUCACAAUCUCUUACUAUGCCAAGGAUGAAGGCUGUCCUCUUCAAACACAGAACAAUACCCUGGUCUUCCAUGUGACGUACAAGGACGCGGAGGGACGGCCAGGCUCCAUAGAGCAGGGGUGUCUCCCAUUCGAACCCCCUGCUGUCUGUGGCCCCUCCAGCAUGAGUACAGAUCUUCCAGAGGGGCCACUAGACCAGGUCUUCAUCCUGGAUGGGAAGAACAGCCUGGUUGCUGUGAAGGCCAAUGGCAGCUGUGGCUAUGGGCUUGUCCAGGGGAUUGGGAAGAACUACUUUAUGGCUCCUUACGAUGCUUGUGAUGUGCUGAAACAGAACAUUGACGGCCAUGUCCAUUACUCGCUGUCCGUUUCCUUCUCUGAUGUAAACGAGGUGACUCGCUUGAGGCAUAUGAAGUGCCGUGUCUUGGCUAAGCGUGAGAUCCUCCCUUAUCCCUCUCUCCCUCCCCACCCUGCUGGUGUCUCGGUCUCCUGCAGUGAGGGGUGCAUGACGGUGCUGCUGCCUGCCGGUCCCCUCGACCUGGUCAAAGUCAAGGAUGACUCCAAUAAUCUGGUUGGGGUGCAGUCUGCACCAAGUGCUUGUGGCUACACUCUAGAGGAGAAGGAUGGAAAGACCGUCUUCACAGUGUCUUACACGGCCUGCCAUGUCAAGACCUUGAAUAACUUGCAUGUCCUGACGGUGCUCUUCACCCCCUACUCCUCUCGCCAGAGGGAGGUGACGGUAUCAUCCUGCCCUGUACCCCCAAAUCCCAUCCCCCAAGAAGGCUGUCUGAUCCCAGCUGAGCAGCAGCUUCCCUGUGGCCCCUCUAAGCUCUCUCCAGCGCUGUGCCGGGCUAGAGGCUGCUGCAUGAACCCCAAAACCCGCCGCUGCUUCUACCCUCUAGAGAGUAAGCACCCCAUUCCUCUCCUCCAAUAGACUGAUUUCCUCUUG